CGUAAUAUUCAAAGUCUAAAUCUUUCGGUCUAAAGAACUCACAAAGACCACCAAAACAAAGCAAGACUUCUCUUCUCCUCAAACGUUAAUCCUUAGCCCUUUUCUUUUCCUUUCUUUUGUAUCAUAAAUACUGCAUUAAUCAACAUUUUCAUUACCAGACGUAGAUUUAUUUGUUUUAUCUUUUUUUUCUUCACUUCCCUAAGCCAACGACCUUUCAAGCUUUCAGUUGAUUUUUGCUCUAUAUAUCUCUUCUUGUUUGAGCUUUCUUGGCAUUCUUGCCUUCUUGUUUGAUUGAUGUGGGAUAUCCUCUGGGACCAAACAAGAAGGGAUUGUUGCUAUGUUGUCCAGGUCUUUUAUUGUUCUUCUUCUUUUUUUACUCUUCUCUGGUGCUUUUGAAGCUAUCGCCGGAAUCCAUGACCAUGGAAAGAAUGUUAAAUCCAACAUCUCUACUCUUGCCGGCAUCGAAUUGCCUGAUCAUAUGAGCUUCAAUGCAGUUUCUUCUUCAACAACAAACACAGGUUGUAACCUGGAUACUUCAAAGAAAGUCAAACAAUCACAGACAAUAGUCUCAAAAGAAGAUUUUGAUCUUCUUGAAGAUGAUGACGACGACGAUGAAGGAGGGGAAGAGGAAAAGGAGGCUAAACAGACGGUCAAACUCCACUUGAAGCACAGGUCAAAGGAUAGAAAAUCUGAGGGCAAAGAAUCUUUCGUGGAAUCCACAAACCGGGACUUGGCUAGAAUUCAGACUCUCCACACAAGGAUCAUUGAGAAGAAGAAUCAAAAUGACAUUUCCAGGCUAAAAAAAGAUAAGGAGCGGCCGGAAAAGCAAAUCAAGACGGUGGUUGCAACGGCAGCAUCGCCUGAAUCUUACGGAACUGGGCUUUCCGGGCAGCUCAUGGCGACUUUGGAGUCAGGGGUGACCCUUGGCUCUGGAGAGUAUUUCAUGGAUGUGUUUAUCGGUACCCCUCCUAAACACUACUCUUUGAUUCUUGAUACUGGUAGUGACCUUAAUUGGAUUCAAUGCGUUCCUUGUCAUGAUUGUUUUGAGCAAAAUGGACCUUAUUACGAUCCUAAGGAGUCUAGUUCCUUUAGGAAUAUAGGUUGCCAUGAUCCUCGGUGUCAUUUGGUUUCUUCUCCUGAUCCUCCUCUGCCUUGCAAGGCUGAAAAUCAGACAUGCCCUUAUUUCUAUUGGUACGGUGAUAGCUCUAAUACAACCGGUGAUUUUGCAACUGAAACAUUCACGGUUAAUCUCACAUCGCCUACCGGGAAGUCAGAAUUUAAGAGAGUGGAGAAUGUUAUGUUUGGUUGUGGUCAUUGGAAUAGAGGCUUGUUCCAUGGGGCCUCAGGAUUGUUAGGACUUGGGAGAGGGCCUCUUUCAUUCUCCUCCCAGCUUCAGUCUCUAUAUGGUCACUCGUUUUCGUAUUGCCUGGUUGACAGAAAUAGUGACACUAAUGUUAGCAGCAAGUUGAUUUUUGGCGAGGAUAAGGACCUCUUGAAUCACCCAGAAUUGAAUUUUACUACAUUGGUUGGGGGCAAAGAAAAUCCAGUAGACACAUUUUAUUACGUUCAAAUAAAAUCGAUCAUGGUCGGAGGAGAAGUGCUGAACAUCCCAGAGAGCACUUGGAAUAUGACCUCGGAUGGUGUUGGGGGUACAAUUGUGGAUUCCGGCACCACACUUAGUUAUUUCACAGAACCAGCCUAUCAGAUUAUAAAGGAUGCAUUUGCUAAGAAGGUGAAGGGCUAUCCAAUUGUACAAGAUUUUCCAAUUUUGGAUCCUUGCUACAAUGUCUCUGGUGUUGAGAAAAUAGACUUGCCCGAUUUCGGCAUUCUGUUUGCUGAUGGCGCAGUCUGGAAUUUCCCCGUCGAGAACUACUUCAUCCGGCUUGAUCCAGAGGAAGUUGUUUGCCUGGCAAUUUUGGGGACUCCUCGAUCCGCUCUUUCAAUAAUUGGCAACUAUCAGCAGCAAAAUUUCCACGUUUUGUAUGACACCAAGAAGUCUAGGCUGGGGUAUGCACCAAUGAACUGUGCAGAUGUAUGACAUCCUAAUAGAAUCUCCUAAUGGUAGGAAACAAACUGUACACAUGGUGCUCGGGAGGGAGAUUUUUUUUGUUGUUUUAUUUCCUUUAAAAGUAGAGUAUAGAUUCAUUUUUUCUUUCUUUCUUUUGAGUUUCAGAUAAUUAUACUCGCUAUGAUCAUGAACACGACCUCAAGCUGCCUUACAAAAAUGUAUUAUUGCAAUUUAACGAAUCUCUUUUAGAAGUUAA